AUGAAGCUUCACGCGGUCUUGUCGCUCUUCGGAGCUACACAUGCGCUCGCUGCAGGGGUCCCAAGAACGACAAAUGGCGAUAACUACCGCCCCUUCGUGAAGUCAAAGCCAUAUCAAGAUUUGAUCACCACUGAGGGUCUUAUGGACAACCUCGUGAAGCUUGACGAAAUUGCCAAAGAAAACGGUGGAAAUCGGGCCUUCGGAUUCCCAGGCUACAAAGCCUCGGUUGACUACAUUCUCUCCCGGACGCAAGACUCGACGAACUUUGUUACUUACGUCCAGGAUUUCCCCGCCCUCUGGUUCCAAGUCAAGUCCAUCUCAUUCACGGUCGACGAUCAGUCAUACUGGGUGGUUGGCCCCACCUACUCUCCUUCGACAUCUGCAGAAGGACUGACAGCGCCUCUGGUGCUGGGCGUCAAUGGGCCAGAGGGCUGCACGAAUGAAGCGUACGCGGAUCUCGAUGUCCAGGACAAGAUUGUCCUCGUCCAACGGGGGGCUUGCCCGGAUGGCACAACCGUUGCCGGGCGCAUCAAGCCCGCCGCCGCCGCAGGGGCGGCUGCUGUCAUUGCGUACAGCGACCUGACCACCAAGGUCACAGGGGUAACCCUUCAAAACCCAGGCCCUGAAUUUGUGCCUGCAGGGUACAUCAACAAGGUUGACGGCGAGGCGUUGAAGGCACGAAUUGAUGCCGGGGAAUCGGUAGACGCCUAUUUUCAACACACGCAGACCAUCGAAACGAGGAUCACGCAGAACGUGUUCACCGAGACCAAGGAGGGCGACCCGACCAACGUCAUCAUGCUUGGCGCCCAUCUCGACAGCGUGCAAGCUGGUGCCGGAAUCAACGACGAUGGCUCCGGAACGGCUUUGAUCAUGGAGCUCAAGACUGCGCUCGAGAAGUUCAAGGUCAAGAACAAGGUCCGCUUCGCAUGGUGGGGAGCCGAGGAGAAUGGCCUUCUUGGGUCCAAGUACUACACCCAGAAUCUGAACGCCACCGCCGCCAACAACAUCCUGACCUACCUCAACUUCGACAUGGUGUCUCGCGGUUAUUUCGCUGUUUUCGACGGUGAUGGGAGCACUCACAAUCUCACCGGGCCGCCAGGUUCCGACGUCAUCGAACGAAUCUUUGUGGAUGACUAUACAAAGAAGGGCAUCAACGUUACAUCCGCGCGAUUCACAGGUGGUAGCGACUACCAGUCCUUCAUGAAUAUCGGCAAGCCCGUUGGUGGACUCCACACUGGAACGGGUGUUGAGCAAGACCCCUGCUACCACCAAGAGUGUGAUACGAUCGAGAACCCGAAUCCGACCACACUGACUAUCAACGCCAAGGUAGGCUCGGUCUGA